UAAUCAUACAGCCUUUAACCUGGUAAACUAGAGGUGUCAACUGAAUUUCAGAACGGAGGACAGCCUUACGAUGGAAAUAUUGGGCAUCAAGAGAAUACUGUGCAGUUACCAACUGUAUUUGAUUUAUGUUUCGGUUCUCCUGUUUUGUAGCAUACCAGUUAAAGGAUUAGAUAUAGACGAAUGCGCUGAUGGUAGGCAUAACUGCUCUAUAAAUGGUGUAUGUGACAAUACAGCAGGCAGUUUCACGUGCACCUGUGAUUGGGGAUUUAUUGGCGAUGGUUAUUCAUGUAAACCACAGUUACAAUACCGGUGCAAUCCUGAUGACAGUAUCAAUGUGUAUAAUCUACCUGACGAUAGUAAGAUAUAUGCCAUGCAGGUCGUCGCCGGCGGAAAUGACGUACCUUGUACGGUGCACAAUGACAAUGCGACAACUGUGACAUUAACAGGAUGCUCAAAGGAUGAGACAAUUAUUAUAACAUGCGAGUCGUACAGUGGACAAGCUAUAUACAAACUACAUGCUGGCAAAAGUGUGGUAGUAAAAUUCGUAUGCGUGGAGAUUGCCAAGGAGGGAGUUAAUCAUACAAUCAACAAUACUUAUUCAGUUCAGUUGGUAGUACGAGACCACAUCAGCGUUGAUCCUAUAUACAGCGUGACAUCAUCUCUGAGUGCCACAUCAACCACUGUGGGAAGUGAAAUAAUUUGGACAAUUCUCUUUCCAGAACACUACAGUUUGGGAGUGAGUAGUUGUAGAGCGUAUCCGGGCACCGAUCGCUCAUCCAAGGAGUAUAUCAGUUUAAUCUCUAAUGGCGGAUGCUCUGCCAACAUGGACCUCAUAAGUAACUUUAACAGUUAUAGUAAUGGAACUGCCAUUGCCACAUUACAAGUCUUCAAAUUUUACAGCUAUGAGAGUGUAUUUUUGGAAUGUAGUGUGAAAGUCUGUCGACCUGGAACAUCUCCAACAGCUUGUAUGACGACAUGUAGCCGAGAAAAAAGAAGCGUUGAGAAGAGAGCGUCUGUACGACCAGGAUCAGUAGUUUCCACGACAAUAAGCAAUGUGCUGCACGUGCUUGAGUCACAGUCUAGCGGGACUUUACAUUAUAUCAAUGACGUCCCAAUGACGGCUAUAUUUACUGUGACGAUCGUUUUAACAAGGGCAAUACGAGGAUAAUUAAAGUACACAAACAGGGGCAGUUAUUAUACACUUAUAUACGAGGGACAUUUUUGUACAACGGACGAAGACAAUUUUCAAACAGAGUGAUUUAUAUAUGAACAGAGUAAUUUAUGUAUAAACAGAGUUAUUUAUGUAUAAAGAGAAUAAUUUAUGUAUUAGCAUAUUAUUAUAAAACAAUGCAAAUAUUCAGAUAUAUCGCUAAUCAAAUAA